CAUCCGCGAGCGACCUCGGGUCCGCCAUCACUUGCAUCCUGCUCGCUCCCCAGAUCGACGGCCAGCACACCAUGGAAGGCUGGACCAAGCUGCAGUCGAGCUUUGCCGGCCUCAACCUCGGCCAAUCCGCGAACAAGUUCGCAAAGGGCUUCAAUACCAGCGUGCAGGCCACGAAGGAGCGCUUUGGCCAGGUUGCUGCGGAGGAGAUCACUGAGCUGCCGCAGGCGCAAGAAUACAAGGAUCUCGAAGCCCGCGUGGACAACCUCCGCCAGGUUCACUACACGCUGCUCAAAGUCACGAAAGUGUACGAAACCGAGACAUAUGACUACCCGACUCAGAUCCAAGAGUCCCUCACCGAGCUCGGUACCACGAUCGGACACGGCCUGACCCGGCUCGCUAAUACCAACAUGCAAGGCGGCACUCCGCCCUCACCCCCUUCCACGGCUCCUCCCCAGGUGCAGCACAAGACGCUCCCGCAUGCGAUUGGGCGCGCCGCGACGUCGGCUGCGACAACGCUUCAAUCCGCCGCUGGUGCAGGUGACGAGAAGCUCGGCAAGGCGUUGCACGAAUACGCCGGUGCCUGGGAGAAGAUCGGAGAAGCGCGCGUGCAGCAGGAUGGCGCGAUUAAGGCGCAGUUUCUUCAGCCGUGGCAGACGACGCUGUCGACGAGCAUCGCUGUCGCGAUGAAGGCGCGGCAGGCGGUCCGCGUGAGUCGGCUUGAGCUCGACUCGGCGAAGCAAGCACUGAAGAAUGCAGGACCUGCGAAGCAGGAGGCUGCCCGUCUUGAGGUUGAGAACGCGGAAGAUGACCUCGUCCAGAAGACAGAGGUCGCCAUCACGCUCAUGAAAGCAGUCUUGGAUAACCCGGAACCGCUGAAGAACUUGAAUGAAUUGGCCAAGGCGCAGUUGAUCUACUACGCGACUGCCGCGGAGGCUUUGUCCGCCGUCCAAGGGGAGAUUGAAGAGCUAAGCGUCGCCGCUGAGGGCGAAUACAGGAAGUCUCGAGACCACUGAGAUACGACAACUGUGAUGCUAAUCGUGUACACAUGGACUGCUGUUUCUCUCUAUGCCACUCUUUUUCUCUAAUAUAAUAGUGCCAUUUCCUCUUCCAAGAAAUGGAAAAUGUGUACGGAAUGAACAAUAUUAAGGCUACGGAAUUAAGCGAUAGAGUAACUCUGAGUUGAAUUGAUCUAUAGCCAUAGCCGUU